GCGCAUGCAAGGAUAUCGAAACUCUCAUAAUCAAUUGUAAAAAGUAUCGAUUCCUGCAUCGACUGACCUAAAAUUAUAAUAAUCGUUUAAGUUUCAACUUUGAAUCUUUUCGUAACUACUUGGUAUAUAUGAUCAAUUAUUAAAAUAUAUUAUAAUAGUGCUUACAAACGUGUUAUUGAAAAAAUGAAAGAGUUAAUUAGACUAUUUGGAAAAGAAAGAUCCUUCUGAGUUAUUGUUGAUUUAUACUAUUUGGAAAACUGAAGUAUACUAUUCGGUAACGAGAGGUUAGACGAACGAUGCCGCAAGAAAUGAACAUUUUAUGUUGUUACUCGUGCAAGAUGUACCAAGUACAUAUAGUUAAGAAAGCACGUAAAUGGCAGUGUAAGUUGUGCAAUAAGAAGCAGUCUAUCAAACAAAUACAUUUUCAAGGAUCUGGAAAAGACUGUCGUCUCUAUGUCCAACGAUUAAAUUCUUUGAAAGCAAAUGCUACAUCAUUCUCUGCUGUAGCUUCAGAACAAGAUGACAAUAACAUUUAUUACAACUCAUCUCCAAAUAAUUCUCAGAUGUCAGACUAUAGUAAAAUUGUGGAAAACAAAUGGGCCAAAUACUUAGAUUCGCCAAAAAAAGAACAACCAUCUGAUACAAAAGAUUCAUCUUCUGAAAAUAUUUGUGAAGCUGAAGAUAUAAUGUUAGGUGAGGAAUUUCUAUGCAAUGACAGAAACAAUGAUUUUUGUAACUUUGACGAUAUUAUGGAUGAUUCUGAUUUUGAAAUUGAGGAUGUUGCUAAGGAUCAUGAGACGAAAGAUCCUUAUUCUUUAAGUUGUGGUACAAAUUCUGAUGUUGAUCAACGUGAUAAUUUACGAGAUAAUAAAUCCAGCAAGAAUCAUGAUAAUGUUACCAGCAUUUUCGAAACUUAUGAUGACUUAGGUAAUCCUCUUGAUUUUUAGCUUCUAUAGGAUUGAUAAAAACGAUAUCUCAAAUAAAUAUCUAAAUUGCAAUUAAUUUUCUGAAAAGUAACAUUUUAUUAUAGAAUUCAGUACGUAAAACAUUCAGGAAAAUAUUUGUCGAAUUAUUUCUUUCACAGAUUUUUAUAUCCUACAGAAUUUCAAAUAAACGCUUAAAUUAUUUACUUACUUCACACAUAUAUAUACGAUAGAGUUUUUGGUAACUGAAUAAUAUUUUUAAUUUAAUGUCUUCUAUAUUUUAAGAAAUAUUCUUUUUCUAAAUUGUAUGUGGCAUAGAUACUUUGUUUCUUUCUGCUAUAUUUUCUUUGUCAAAUAAAAGUAAAUGAGUAAUGGUUUAA